AUGGCCAAAUUAUCAACCGUUAUACCCUUUCCUUGGGAUGACAUAGCCGUAAGGGAAAGUAGCAAAACCUUUAAUUUAGCUGGACACUCGGGAAUAACUUAUAAGAGGGAUUUUGAAGCUAGCAGACGACUUGAAGAGCGCCAACGAUUCCGAGUGAAUAAGAAAACUGGUUAUAGACCUCCACCACACGUUGUUCCAUCACCACACCGAAUAGUUCCAGAUUCAUUUAGAAUGCCACAAAAACCGCGAAGCUUCUCCCCUGACAGAAAGGCGCAACACCCGCCUAACGCCAACAAAAAACACAGAUCACCAACAAGGUAUCGUUCGCCAGAGAGAAGGAUCACUCACAAGACACCACAGACUACCACUGCUGCUCCGUCACAUACGCCAAAGCAACUACCUUCACCACCAAAGGCAAAACAGACCCGUGAAACCUUAUAUCCCACACUUUCUGCUUUCUACCAUCAACAGAAUCUCGAUUAUUCUCCGCCAGAACCAACAGCAGAUUAUCCACACACAGAUGAUUUACCAAUAAACAAUUUCUACCCAAAUCUGAACAUACAGGUGCCCAGUGAAAAUGUUUUUGACAAUCGUACAGUGGUUAGUGUAGCUGACAAUACUCUAGUUGAUAAUCAAAGUUGUGAAACGUAUCCUACUAAUAUGAACAUCAAUGUCUCCGAAACGAAAGUGCUCAAUGACAAACGUGUGGAUCUCAAUGAAUCUAUUGUGGAGAAUGAACAUCGCAUUUCGGAUUUCCAAGUUGAACCAAGUGCACCGCCAAUUUAUUUGAUUGUUCCCGAAGAACAAGAACCGCAAAUAUGCAUGUCCGGUGAAGAUCUCGUUCGACCAAACAGAAACAGUUUUCAGAAAAAAUGCGACGCAAGUAAAUUUAUUGAUGAGAAUACACCAACUAUAAAAUUCGUUGAUCAAAGAGCCCCGAUUAAGAUGUCAUAUGCGGAUAGAAUGUCUGAGUUCGAUAUUGAUAAUCCACCGAAAUCGAAGGCCGAAUUCGCUCAAUGGAUGACAUGGAGAAAGCAAGUUAAUCGUCACAUGGCCUCCAUGAUUCUCAUCAAACAAGGUAAAGACGUUUAUGUAGCACCAUCAGAAAUCAACAGAAAGCCUUUAGCGAAAACUACGAUGAAAUCUGUGAUCGACAAUUCGAAGGAUAAAGGGAAGAUUACCUCUCUCGGAGGCAAACCGUAUGUUAUGUAUGGAAUACCUCGUGCUAAAAUUACUGGAUGAAGAUUGCCAUAUUGUGUCCAAAAUUGAUUGAAUAUGCUUAUAGGCGUCUUAUAACUAGUCCAAAUGGAUGACAAUAUUAAUGCAAAGGGAAUUCUAUAUUUUUAGAGCCAAUUGGUAUUCUUGCAAAAUUACAAUAUGGGACCUAUUUUGUUUACGUUAUUUAUGCGUAUUUUAUUGUGUUAUUUAUUUCAUUAGUGGUUAUAGAUGCUGUUACAUAUGCUAUGGGAAAUCUACUGCACUAUAUUUGUAGCUUUCUAGUGCAUUUUAUUUCUAACGUGCUCAAAAUGCGCAGUACAAACGUUAAUCAAUUUUGUGGACUCAUGGUGAGUGCUUUGUGUUUUAACUUGUUUGUCUCGCAAAGCCUUCUAUUGGCUAUAUCAGACAAGUAUUGGAUAUACCAGAAAUUAUUUGGAUACACUAGCUGGCGAUUGGCUCUACCAGCAUCCGAGCGGAUAAACCAAACAUUGACUGGAUAAACCAUCCAAAUACUGAACAUACCAAACUUGUUAGAUAUACCAGAUUUAGUUUUUUUACACUAGCUCGCGAUUGGCUAAAUCAGAUACUACUGUAUUGCAUGUACAUUGUAGUUGUUUUCUUUCUUGUACUGGUUAACGAUGAUUGUUCUAUUAUUGUAUGGUUGGUAGAUUUUUAGUGCUAAUAUUUUAUACUAUUAUUUAAUAAAACUGUAUUAAAAA